GGAAGCGAACAUUUCUCGGAGUCAGAUGCUGCCUCCUGCUCGCCUCCUGCUCCUUCUCGACCACUGACUCCUCUCGGGUCUCCACCCGCGUGUCUCGGCUCCACUGAUCCGAUCCCGCCGAAGCCGCGCAUCGUGCCGAUCCGGCCUCGGAGGAGUGUUGGCUGCGAAGUCGCUUCGAGGUUCAGGGCGUGUUUGAAGUGUUGGAGAGACAGACUGCGCCCUCCUCCUCCUCUCUCCCCCCUCCUCCUCGCCUCCACCUCCGCCUCACUGGAUGCUAGCUCUGUCGGUAGCCUUUGCAUGUCGUUGCCCUGGUAGUUAAAGUUGUGGUGUAGUCUGCGUUUCUUUUAUUUAUUUGGAGGAGGUAAAAGAAGAAGAAGAUGGGGUGUACUCUGAGCACGGACGACAAGGCGGCGCAGGAGCGGAGCAAGAUGAUCGACAGGAAUCUGCGGGACGACGGAGAGAAGGCAGCCCGGGAGGUCAAGCUGCUGCUGCUGGGUGCUGGAGAAUCUGGGAAAAGUACCAUUGUUAAACAGAUGAAGAUCAUCCAUGAAGCAGGAUACUCAGAGGAGGAGUGUAAGCAGUACAAGGCCGUCGUCUACAGCAACACCAUCCAGUCCAUCAUUGCCAUCAUCAGAGCCAUGGGCCGCCUCAAGAUUGACUUUGACGAUCCAGCCAGAGCUGACGACGCGCGGCAGCUGUUCGUCCUGGCCGGUUCGGCAGAAGAGGGAUUCAUGACGGGAGAGCUUGCCGGGGUCAUUCAGCGGCUGUGGAAAGACGGAGGAGUUCAGGCCUGCUUCAGCCGCUCUCGAGAGUACCAGCUCAACGACUCGGCUGCAUAUUACCUGAACGACCUGGACAGGAUAUCCCACGCUGCUUAUGUCCCCACUCAGCAGGAUGUGCUGAGGACCAGAGUGAAAACCACCGGUAUUGUUGAGACACACUUCACUUUCAAAGACCUGCACUUCAAGAUGUUUGAUGUCGGCGGACAGAGGUCAGAGAGGAAGAAGUGGAUCCAUUGUUUCGAGGGAGUCACCGCCAUCAUCUUCUGCGUGGCCCUGAGCGACUACGACCUGGUGCUGGCCGAGGACGAAGAGAUGAAUCGAAUGCAUGAGAGCAUGAAGCUUUUCGACUCCAUCUGCAACAACAAGUGGUUCACAGACACCUCCAUCAUCCUCUUCCUCAACAAGAAGGAUCUGUUUGAGGAGAAGAUCAAGAAGAGCCCCCUCACCAUCUGCUACCCAGAAUACGCAGGCUCAAACACCUACGAGGAGGCAGCGGCUUACAUUCAGUGCCAGUUUGAGGACCUGAACAAGAGGAAGGACACCAAGGAGAUCUACACCCAUUUCACCUGUGCCACCGACACCAAGAACGUGCAGUUUGUGUUCGACGCCGUCACCGACGUCAUCAUCAAGAACAACCUGAAGGACUGUGGCCUCUUCUAAAGGCAGCCCGGUGGCCAGCUUUCCGAGUGACUUCAUUCAAGCAGAGUGUGGACGGAGGAAAACUGUGUGGACCCUGCUGGGAGUGUCACUUUUAACCUCUUAUUAACUUAUGUUCAUCUCUAAACGUUUUAAAAGAAGGUGUGUAGAGAAAACAUUUUGUGUAAAAUAUUUGUACAACUGUCUAUGGCCAGGGACUUUUUCCACAGUUUUUAAAAAUGUGCUUAUUUUACCUUAUCAUUAUUGUUAAUUUUUAUAUCAAAGGGGGGACCUUUGUUGUUUUUUUUUUUUUUCUUUCAUCCAUGUUUGUAGUUGCUCGUGCCUUGCAUGCCUUAGUUGCAGUGUUUUCAUUUUUCGUUGAGUUAGAUCCAUGUAGACGCCACCAAUCGAUGCCUGUUAUUUUUCCCUGAGUCCAUCUUAUCUAUUUUUUUUUUUUUGUGUGUGUGUUCUAAAUAGUUCAUUGUGGUAUCAUUUUUGCCUCCUUGUACAAACUGAGUACACAGUGUACAGACCAAGACACUCUGUUGACCAAUUCACUCUGACGCUGACAUACUGUGAGAGCCGUGCGGGAAAACCUUUUCCCCAUGUGUGGUUUGCGUGAGCGUGAUGUGAGCAAGAGCUUUUGAUUGAGUCCGAUUGCGUGUGUGUGUGUGCGCGUGCGUGCUUGAGCGAACGAGUGACGUGUGGAUGUGCGCACAAUAUAAAACAAAGGGACUUUAAUCCUCUACUUGUCAUCCUCUUUCAAAGUUUUAUUUUUCUAAGCGACCAAAAAAAAAAAAAAAA